UUGCCAAUGCAAAAAAAUCACUUUUUUAUGACCUUGCUAGGCUGCAAUGAGUUGCUCUGCUAAUCGCACCGUCUUUGUCUUCACAGUGUUGCUCGAGGUCUCAUAAUUCUUAUUCAUUUACUACAUUCCAGUGCGCUUGGAAUCUUUCUGUCCGUCGAAUUCAAGGACGCCGCAUUUCAGCACAUACACAUUCACAGACAGCGGCAAUGGGCACCAACAAGACAAAGAAAGAGAAACGGUUUGAGAAGUUUGUGGAGAAGCAAGUGAAGAAGGAUGAGCGGGCUACUUUGUUUGAGAAGCUCGGCAGCUCAACCUGGAAAAGCGAUCUGAUGCGGUCAUCUAAGACGCUCGGUCGCAAGACAGAGACACAGCGGGAGAAGCUUUUGCGCGCAGUCACAGAGGAGAGGCUUGGCCUGGCCCAGUCAGACCAGAGCGUCCGCUUGUACGUUUCCGAGCGUGAUUCCGACGAUGUGCGCAUUGAGGCCGAUAAGCUAGUCAGGGGCAGUGCGCCGGAGGUUCCAUUGCACCCACUGGGCAAGAAGAGGAGAAAGAAGAACAAAAGCAAACAAAAGGGCGCCGCCCAGGACGCCGAUGCCCCGGAGGCUGAUCCGACGGACAUGACAAAUGACGCGUUGGAGCCAGUCUCUGAGAUUGUGCGCAACAACGAACCUGCUCCAGAAUCGCUCAAACGCCCGAUCGAGAGUGUGGUGGCUGGCAGCGCGCUGGCCUCGUCCAAAAUUAUCAAGCGCAAGCGGCAAAAGAAGGGCCGCAUUUUGGAAAAGCUAGGACUGGUCGAGAGGCUCGAGGAAAGCAGCGAGGACGAGCAAAUCGACGAGUCGUCGGAAUUCGACAGCUCGGCGUCCGAGAACGAAUCAGACAACGAAGCCAAUGUCAAUGGCGAUAGUGCUAUCGAUAGCACCACUAGCGAAGGUGCAGACUUGAUAGUGCAGUUUCCGGUGGCCGCCAAGGAGCUUGUUAAAGUACCGACGCCCGAGCCAAAAGUUUACUACACUGGGAGCAUGCUCAAGCCUCUCCUGUGCAAGCGUGGCAUCAUUGAUGACAGCGUCAGCUCCGAAGCCAAAGGCAAAUCAUACUACGUCCAACAGAUCAUGGAGGCGAUUGCUGAGAACCCGGUCAUCGUGCUCAGCGGUGAGACCGGUUCUGGUAAGACCACGCAGAUUCCCCAGUUUCUAUUUGAAGCCGGCAUGUCCCAUCGCGUGUCCGAGGAGCUGGGCAACUUUGGCCAUACAGUCUCUCACCAGGUGCGGUUCGACACAAAUGUUUCCGAUGAUACCCGCAUCAAGUUCAUGACCGAGGGUGUCCUGCUCCGCGAGCUGGCCAGCGACCUGCUUUUGACCAAGUACUCGGUGAUAAUUACUGAUGAGGCCCACGAGCGGUCUCUCAACACCGACAUUCUGUUGGGCGUCUUGUCCCGUGUGGUGCGUCUGCGCCAAAAGUUAUCUUCCGAGAACCCCGAAAAGACCCGUCCGCUCAAGCUGAUCAUUAUGAGUGCCACUUUGCGCGUCGAUGACUUUGUCAAGAACACGCGACUCUUCCAGGUGCCACCCCCAAUUAUUAACGUGCAGGCGCGCCAGCACUCGGUUCGUGUCCAUUUUAAUCGGCGCACUCCGGCACCGGGCCAGCAUCUCGCUGAGGUCAUCAAGAAGCAGGCAAGGUCCACCAGCGGCUUCCUGACGGCAGCUGCAGUGGCACCUUCUGCAAAUGCGCUGGAGGCAAGCGUAGAGGACGAAGACAUUGACAUCGGUGACUACGACAUGUUCAACGCCGAUGGCGAGCUGCAGGACGACUUUACGAUGGACUCGGAGGAGGACUCGGAGGAGGAGGACAUUAUUGUCGGCGGCGACGAUGAAGAGGAGCGCAGGCUUUUGCUCAGCGAGAACAUCAAGGCAUGCCGCGAAGGCAGAUGCCAAGGGCAAUGUCGACAAGAAAAUGCAAACCCAGCCCCAUUGUAUGUGUUGCCCCUGUACUCGCUCCUGCCGGCCGACCAGCAGCUGAAGGUGUUUGCUCCCCCGCCGCCAGGCAUGCGUCUGUGCGUUGUGGCCACCAAUGUCGCCGAGACGUCGAUUACCAUCCCUGGUAUCCGUUAUGUGAUUGACACAGGCCUGGCCAAGGAGAAGACCUACGACGCGCAGACGCAGGUUCAAAGCUUUGAAAUCGGGUGGACCAGCCAGGCAUCCUCAAACCAGCGCAUGGGCCGUGCUGGCCGAACUGGCCCCGGCCAUUGCUACCGCAUCUUCUCCAGUGCGGUGUUUAAUGACCAGUUCGUCAAGUUCUCAGAGCCCGAGAUCAUGCGCAUGCCCAUCGAGGGCGUUGUGCUGCAGAUGAAGGCGAUGAACCUCGACAACGUGACAAACUUCCCGUUCCCCACUCCCCCCAACCGGUCGGUGCUCACGCGGGCCGAGCGGCUGCUCACUUGGCUUGGCGCUCUGGACGGCAAGGGUCACAUCAACGACCUUGGCCGGCUCAUGUCUGUAUUCCCGGUGGCGCCGCGCUUUGCCAAGAUGCUGAUUGUUGGCCAGCAACACGGCUGCCUGCCGUAUGUGAUCAGCAUCGUCGCUGCUCUCUCGGUGGGAGACCCAUUCAUCAAAGAGUUCAACCUGGAUCCCGACAACAUCUCUGACGCCGAAAUUGCCAGGCUCGGGUUUGAGGACCAGGUCGCAGCGUCCGAGGCCCGCAAUAUGACCAACGAGGAAAUGGCAGCAAAGGAGCAGCAGCGCGUUAGCCGGCGAAAGUACUGGAACACGCAGGCAAAGCUUGCCGGCACUGAGCCGACGAGUGACGUGCUCAAGUGGCUCACGGUUGUUGGUGCAUUCGAGUAUGCCGGCGGGACCGAGGCCGCGGCCAAGGAAUACUAUGUGCGCGCAAAGGCCAUGGGCGAAGUGCGCAAGCUGCGCGGCCAGCUGACAAACUUAGUCCAAAUGUACUGCCCAGGUAUCGACGUUGCGAUGGACCCGCAGAUGCCGCCGCCGUCCAAGCUUCAGCAGUCAGUCAUUCGCCAGAUCGUUCUCGCUGGGUUUAUGGACCACGUUGCAGUGCGCGGCGACAUUGCGGGCUACCAGGACCCUGAUGAGGAGGCCAAUAUCAAGCGGCGCGGCAUGCAUGCAGUGCCAUACAUCACCAUGUGGGGCUCAGAGCCGGUGUACAUCCACCCUGAGAGCGUGGCAUACAUUGCUGCGCGUGGCUCUGGCAGCAUGCCGCAGACAAUUGUCUUUGCUGAGCUCCAGCGCACAACGCGACUGUGGGCCAAGGUCGUGACUAUUGUCAACGCCAAGUGGCUCGCGACCAUCGGCCAGCCACUGUGCACCUUUGGCAACCCGCUGCCGUACCCGUUGCCCAAGUACAACGACACCCGCGACCAAAUGGUCUGUUAUGUCGAGCCCCGGUUUGGCCCGAAGAGCUGGCCGCUGUCGAUGGUUAAGGUUGAGGAAUCAAGAUCAGGAGCGCGCUGGCAGAUUACCAAGGUGAUUGGUUGAUCACAACGCGCAUUUUGCAACACGUUAGAAUGGAAAGCGCGUUUCGCGUUGUCCAGUGUUUUUUCCUCACCUGUCUGUUUCGUGUUUA